AAAAUAAAGGCGGAAAAAUGAAAAAUAAAAAACCAUUGAUUUCAUUUGUAUUUUUUAUAGCGGAAGGCAAGAAGGAAAGAGUUUGCCUUGUAUACUUGAUUGUUUAUUGGUUGCGCUGCUCAACAACUUUGGGUUCAUCGUCGCCAUUCUCUCAUUCGGUGUCUUCUUGUUUUUCAGCUGAGAGAGAGAGAUUCAGUCUGUCAGAUCCUACAACAACUUAAUCAAUCCGCUCUUGCUCUUACUCUUGGGUUACUCAAGCUAUAUCUACAUACAUACAUAUAUAGAGAUACAUCAUAUUCAUAAAAUAAGACAGCAACUGUUACUGUUAUGGUAAUUGUUUACACACAAGGAAAAGGCAUAUGAUGGCCAUAGCUGCUGUUAUUGGCAUUACUACGGGGAAGAUGCUCUUGAAUUCCUCCUCCUCCUAUAAUUCAGAUAUCACAGAAAAACUCUUUCAUCUCAAUGACCACGCAUUCUUACAUUGCCAUUUCUCUUCAACAAAGAAUCUUGUCACUGCCAGAAAGUCUAAUUCCAACUACACCAGUUCUAGAUUUGCGUCUUCUAAUCGACCCGACCACUCCAGUAGGGCUUUCAAAGAACAUGUAGAUGCUGCCUCUGGUCCUUCCUCAACCGCACAGCAAUGGUUUCACAGCUUCAACGACCUGGAGGAGGAAAGCUCUGAUCUUGAAUAUUCAGUGGACGCACUUCUUUUGCUACAGAAGUCUAUGCUCGAAAAGCAAUGGAAUCUUUCUUUCGAGAAAAAAGUAUUUAUGGAUUCAACAAUAAAAACAGCAACGAACAAGAGGAUACCAGUCACUUGUUCUGGGGUAUCCGCUCGCCACAGGAGAAUGAGUACUAGGAGGAAUGCUUUCAGUGCAAAUCGUUGUUUAACGCAACCUAGCACCAAUAAGCCAUUGAGGCCAGUCAUGAGUCCAGAGCUACUUCAGAAUCGUUUAAAGGGUUAUGUGAAGGGUGUUCUUAGUGAGGAUUUGCUGACUCACACUGAGGUUGUACGCCUGUCAAGGAAAAUUAAAAUUGGCCUCUCUGUCGAGGAGCAUAAAUCAAGACUGAAGGAGAGACUGGGAUGUGAGCCCUCUGAUAAACAACUUGCAACUUCAUUGAGGAUUUCCCGUACUGAAUUACUGUCAAAGUUGAUUGAAUGUUCUUUGGCAAGAGAGAAGCUGGCAAUGAGCAAUGUUCGUCUGGUCAUGUCCAUUGCUCAAAAAUAUGAUAAUAUGGGUGCUGAAAUGGCUGACCUAAUCCAGGGUGGGUUCAUCGGACUGUUGCGCGGAAUUGAGAAAUUUGAUUCUUCAAAGGGGUUCAAAAUUUCUACUUAUGUUUACUGGUGGAUACGUCAGGGUGUGUCAAGAGCACUCGUUGAAAAUUCCAAAACCUUGAGACUGCCAACACAUUUGCACGAGAGGUUAGGUUUAAUCAGAAAUGCAAAAAUUAGACUGGAAGAGAAAGGAAUAGCUCCAUCAAUUGAUAGAAUCGCAGAAAGUCUGAAUAUGUCCAGAAAGAAAGUUAGGAAUGCUACAGAGGCAAUCAGUAAGGUUUUGUCACUUGAUAGGGACGCAUUCCCCUCUUUGAAUGGACUUCCAGGAGAAACUCAUCAUAGUUACAUUGCAGAUAAUCGCCUUGAGAAUGUCCCGUGGAAUGGGGUGGAUGCGUUGGCACUCAAGGAUGAAGUAAACAAGCUCAUAAAUAUGAUGCUCGGGGAUCGGGAGAGAGAGAUCAUAAGGCUUUACUAUGGUCUGGAUAAUGAAGGUCUUACAUGGGAGGACAUUAGCAAACGUAUAGGAUUGUCCAGAGAAAGAGUUAGGCAAGUUGGACUUGUUGCUCUUGAGAAACUGAAACAUGGUGCGAGGAAGAACGAGAUGGAGGCCUUGCUAGUCAAGCAUUAAUUUGGUCUCAAGUAUUUGAGAGUCGAGAAUGAAUGAAUGUAUAGAUACAGAACAGAAGAGGAAUUACGAGACAAAGUUUACCUUUAAGUUGUUUUCAGGUUGAGAUAGUGUGUGUGUGUCUAUAUAUAUAUAUAUAUAUAGAGAGAGAGAGAGAGAGAGAGAGAGAGAGAGAGAUGAUUAAGAAAGCAAGUUCUCUCACUUCACCAGGUAAGAGCUCUUCAGAUGUUUGGACUUGAGCCUAGAAUUUUGUCGUAUGUACGUAUUAUAUUAUAUUUGGAGAAAAAACUAUGACUAUCCCAGUUACUUAUACGAGGAUUCAUGCUUCUUUACUUGAGUAA